CGUUCGUCACGUAUAUAUGUCUCCUCCCUUCUUAUCCACUCUUCACUCUCUAUAUUAUAUAAACAAACACUCUUCAGUCCUAUUGAAUUAGCAAACUAUUGUGAUCAUCAUCAUACUUGAAUCGUUUUAAGAUGCAGGCUGUAUCGGUUGACGAAACCAAAAACACGGUGGUGCUACGAGCGCAGCACCAGAACGAGGAAGGUCGGAAAGCUGUUGACAAGUUCGAAUUGAAGACUCGUAAUCCGGAGACAAUCAAGAGCGUCGAGCGGAAGCUGAUGGAGAAAGGUGUCCAGCGGAUGGAUCGUCAUCCUUCAGACGGGGUUCCUCUCAGGCGUCCGCCGUCAAAGUCAGGUCACGGUGGGAAGUAUACGUGGGAGGGACCGGAUCGGAUGGAGGAUUACGAGAUGCAGCCAGAUCCGGCGGCUAUGGAUGAAGGGGAUCCUAACUACGAUGAGGAACAGUUUAAGAAGAAUCUCGAUGAUGACGUGGCGGUGGAUCUUGUGAAAGGAGAGGUUGAGGUGGCCAAGGAGGCUCCGGCUGGUGUGGCUAGAGUUGAGGUUGAUCCUCGCUUAGUCAGUCCUUGAGUGUUUUGAGGUUGUUGGAGGAAGGAAGGAAAAUGUUGGGGCCAAUGUGAGAGAGAAAAAUGUUGGGGGCCAAUGUGGAAUUUUUAAUUUCUUGUUGUGAUGACUUGUAAUGUUUUCGGUGCUGGAACUUAUCUCUGUAAAAAAACAAUAAUUGAUCUGUUUGCAUUGAAAAUUCAACAGUCGGUGGUUUUUUUCAUUA